UGCGCCGCCUGCGCGCGUGCGACUCAGUCGGAAGGAUGGAUUCGAAGGCGGUCGUCGUUCACUUGGUCUGCGGAACGCGUUCGCCGUGACAUGGAGGCCGGUGACUCGUUGGUCGCCAACCAGUCGGCGUCGUCGACGGACGCCGACUUCCCUGGCGAGAACCUUUUCAAGGGCUACUCGCCGGUGCUGCUCGACCUGGCCGUCGCCUGCUGCGUCCUUUUCAUUCUGCUCGGCAUCCCUGGCAACCUCAUCACUAUAAUUGCACUCCUCAGGUGUAAAAAGGUUCGCAAUGCCACGGCAGUUUUCAUCAUAAACCUGAGCGUGUCCGAUUUGAUGCUGUGCUGCUUCAACCUACCCCUGGUGGCGUCACUUUUCUGGCAACGCGCCUGGCGCCACGGUCAAUUCCUUUGCGUGCUGCUGCCACUGCUGCGGUACGGCCUGGUCGCCGUGUCCCUCUUCACCGUGUUCGCAAUCACCCUGAACCGCUACGUCAUGAUCGGACACCCACAACUGUAUCCCAGACUGUACAAACGCAAAUACUUGGCGCUCAUGGUGGCAUGCACGUGGCUGACGGGAUUUGGCGCGCUGAUUCCAACCCUGCUGGGCGAGUGGGGCAAAUUCGGUCUGGACACCAGCAUAGGGAGCUGCACCAUUCUGCCGGACGAGCAGAACCGCUCGCCCAAGAAGUUCCUCUUCAUCAUCGGCUUCCUCAUUCCGUGCCUGGCCAUCGUGGUUUGCUACGCGCGCAUCUUCUACAUUGUGCGCAAAACAGCGCUGAAGUCGCGCGCUCGCAACCUCAAAAGUGCGACGGCGACGCCGGCAGCAUCAAACCACGGCGGCGGCGACAAUGGCCUCCUCGGCGUCGCCACCAACGGAGCCAACUCGGAGAUUUCGGGCGUCACGUGCUCCAGCAUGCGCAGGGAUGGACUGGCCUCUGAAGACUCAGCCAUCGGCCUCAGCAGUCUUGCCGAAACGAACGGACACUCCGACAUGAAGAGUGACGUUGGAGACGCCAACGGCAAGAGCAGAAAAUGCUCCUUUCUUACCCCAACACCAAUGAGACUUCAACUUCCAGGCAAGGCAAUGUUUCGCAUGGAGGACCAAUCAACCUCUGGAGUUGACACGGGCAACCUGGGCGACGACGAAGGAGGCGUCAUUACUCCCGAUCGCAGCGCCACGCCCAGCGUCUCAGCGCCAGGGUCGCCGACCCUUCAGCGCCGUGAGCGCAUGUCCUCUGCGGUCACGGUCAACUCGGCGCUGUCCCACUUUGCUUCAGUUUUCCGCAAAAGUCCCCGUCGCCGUCGGCCGAGCACGCCGUCGGCACCACAGCCUGGCAAGAUGACCGCCAAGGACAAGAAGCUGCUGAAGAUGAUCCUGGUCAUCUUUGUGUGCUUCCUUGUUUGCUACCUGCCGAUCACCCUGACCAAGACGUUCAAGGCGGUCGAGUUCAUGAACCUGAACAUCCUGAGCUACAUCCUGGUCUACCUGACCACGUGCACCAACCCAAUCAUUUACGUUGUCAUGAGUUCUGAGUAUCGCCAGGCGUACAAGAAUCUGAUCAUGUGUCGGCGUGCUGAGUGGACGAUUGGUGACCCUGCGGGAGGUCACAAUGGACCCAACGGUGGCCCCAGCCGCAGCGUUUCUCAGCGGGCAUGACGGCGAAGCCGCCCCCGCGCCCGUUCGCGGGGGCUGGAGGACCCCAACGCCUCCACGUCAGUCGUCAGCCGAGUCCUCAGCUUCAGGCGAGCCAAACUAAACGGCGGCGAGCACCAAAAUGGCGCCAACCCUGACAAGCAGAUAUGAACUGCGGCUGUGGACCUUGGAAGUGUUGUUUAAUUAAAAAGUGGUGCUGAAAAAGACAGGAUCUGUUAAUUUGAAAUGAUCACUUAAACUUUUGUGAACAUAUUAUUCUUGUGAUCCUAAAUUUUGUUCAUUUAUAAAAGUUUAUUAUUUUUUGAACGGUUAAACACACAUGAAUAAAUUUUUCUUUGUGUAAAAUAUCAUCUAAUUCUUACAACAGCCAUCUCAGCUGCAAAAUCUCAAUUCAAUGUGAAAAGUUGUCCACAAUGUUUAACAAUAAGUGUUUCGUUUUUUGUAUCAGAAGAGCUGAUCCACAGCCGCGUAAAUAAAUCAUGCAAGCAAACUACUCCCUACACCGUUUAGAAAAUGAAAAGUCAAUAAAAGUUUAAAACAAUUUAAAGUAAACCUGAUGUCACCGCAGGAUGGUGCGGAGGUAACGGAACAAUUUUUCCGAAGAGGAUCAAAGUGAGAAGUGAUUUAUCUGUGAUGAAUGUCAAAGAAUAACUCAUCGUUUUACAUUUAUAAUGAGUGGUUAAUAAGCACUUUUGAAUUGAAAUUAUUAUUCGCCGUUGAAAUUUGAGAAACAUGAAAUAAUUCACUCGAGAGAUAAACUCUUGCUGUGAAUGUGGGAGCGGAAAAAGGAAGCGGUUUGUCUGCCUCAAUUUACGACUUCUUCCUGGUGUAUUUUGUAUGGAGAUUAAACAAAAUAUAAAUGAAUAAUUAUACUUGUGGACCGAAAAAUAAUAUAACCAUUGUCAAAGUGCACAACAGUUUUGCUGCCAGUUAUUUUAACAAAUGUCGCCUGCGGUCGAGAAGUCAAAUCGUCCCACUAUUCACGAAAAGUUGAUUAAUUAAAAUUUAACUGAGCUAGAUGAUUGACAGAAAAAUGGAAAGGAGAUUAAUUAAAAAAUGAUCCAUUGUUCCUGAGCAGUAUUUUCACAGUUAGAGGCGCUCUUUUAGACUCGAGAAUAGACGCGAGAGACGAGUUUCAUAAUUUUAGAAAUGAGAUAUUAUAAAAUCGCGAGAUCUGCUAGAGGAUGAGGUUUAGAAUAUUGUUGCCGCAAUGUUGCUCAGUUGAUUUUUGUAAAUAUAAAUUAAAUCAUUAUGAGAUGUUACAAAAAGAGCAUGCAUUUUAACUAUUAUAAUUGUCGCUCGCAAUAUACCGCAGCAAAAGCCACUGUUUUAGCCGCCGUUUUUACGAGAUGUUGUUUUCCCAAUGCCAAAUAGAGGCUGAAUCUCACAUAUUGUAUUUUUCUUUUUCGAUGCCAAAGAAAGAAGGUUUAUGUAUUACACGUAGGCGAGUAAGAAAUAUUACAGAGCAUUUCGUGUACAUUAUUGUUUCACCAGCGUAUGUAUCUCUCUCAGAUGUCUUAUCGGAACAAUAAAACGAUUACGAUAACUCUGUU